CAGAGGCGGGAGCAGAAAGUGAGCUCACACCGGGGGAGGAGUGAGUGACGUCUUUCUGGUAAAGUCAGAAAGGGAGGGGAAGGGCAGAAGGAGAGAAAAAGGAAGCUCUCCGAUUAGUAUUUUGUGUAUAUUUCUUCAAAGUUACACAAACUUUCUCAAACGGAAGGUGGGAUCGGUUUCCUGGAGGACGCUGCUGCGCUGAGGAGGGAGAUCCGACGGUGGAGGGAAGACGCCAGUUUGACAGCAGACGUGCACAGCUGAUGACAGCAUAAAAUAUUAACACUUCUCAAGGCCCCGGGCCUCGAGUGACCAAAGAAAGAUCCUGGACAGAGGAAAUAAGAAAAGAAAUGUCUUCUGACUUGGACUCCAGUCUCACCAGCAUUGACUGGCUGCCCAAACUGGGAAUCAGCAGCCUGCGCUCGGGGAAAGAGAGAGGAGAGGUAGAAGGAGGGGAGAGGGAGAGAAAGAGAGACAGAGGGAGGGAGAGGGGCGACUUUGUGCCGUCAGUGCCGAGCCCCUUGCCAUCAAACUGCAAAGGGAAACCCCCCCACAGCUACGCCACCCUCAUAGCCAUGGCGAUAGCAGCUGCACCAGAGAGGAAGCUGAGUUUAAACGACAUCUACACCUGGAUAAGCAACACUUUUCCUUAUUACAGCCGAGUCGGGCGAGGCUGGAAGAACUCCAUCAGACACAAUCUGUCCCUGAACAAAUGCUUCAGGAAAGUUCCUCGGCCACAGAAUGACCCCGGCAAGGGCUCCUAUUGGACGAUGGAUGGGCCUCCAGAGUCCAUGAGUCCUGCAAGGGCUCCAAAGCGCCCCUAUCCUGAGGAGGACGAGGAAGAGGAGCUUCAGCAUAUUCCUCCACCUGCAAAGGCGGCAGCGGUGAAAGGGCCCUCUCCCCACCUGGACCCGCAGUUCAACGCAUCCCCAGUCAGACCCACCCACCACCCUCCAUCUCCUCCCCCACACGAGGAACCGUCGCCCUACAUGUCAGCCCAUGCCUCCGCUCUACCUGCCUCUCAUUUAUCUGUUUCUCAAUCAGCUGAGCUCCCGCCAGCAGCCCCCAUGUCAUCCAUCAAUUCCUUCCCUCCUCCCGUCCCACCUGGCUCCACCUUUUCUGUCCCUGCAGCGUCUGCAGCUGCUCCCUCUUAUUCUAACUCAGCCCUGUCCUUUCCCGCCAACUCAGGCCCUCUGCCUGUUUCCACUUUUUCCUGCACUUCCAACUCUACACCCGUUUGCACCGUGUCUGGUCCCAGCUCCUCCUGCCCCGCCGUAGCCCCACCUCCGGCGGGUUCAGGGCACCACACUGCCGAUCCUCCUCUGCGCUUCUCCUUCGAGGAUCUGAACAUACCGGACCUGUACGCUUCCUUCAAGUCCCUUUUCAAGACGAUGCGUGAGAGAGGAGGCUCCAUCUCGGACGUCGCUCCCCUGCUUGUUCCCAGUAACGACACUACGCCUCUUCACACUCCCACGCUGCCGCCGUUCUCCCCUCACCCCACGCCUGCGCUGACUGCACCACCAGUUGCAGGUCAACAACCGGUUGCAGGUCCACCGACUGUAGCAGCUGCAGCGGCCAUGCAAGCUCCACACCCUGCAGAGUCAGAGCGCAUUUCGCAACUCACGGUGCCAGCCGAUUGGUUCAGUAACACAGAUUCGCUGAAGGAGAGCUUCCGCAUCGCCAGCAAUCUGGACUGGGCAAACAUAGACUUGUCCAGUCACCCAGACCUCCUGGAGAGCAUGAAGCAGGCUGAGCUCUGUGACUGGGCCCUCGACCCCGGCCUCUUCACCUCCCUCUGCGACUCUCUGAACCGCUUCUUUUCUCAGAAAGGCAUGAUCAGUCCUGGAAACAACUCCCCAGUUACCCACGGUGCACCUCACUUCCUGCAGCCAUCGCCGCUGACGUCCAACCCUCCUCCGACCCUCAACAGCCUCACUCACCCCUCUCCCCUGCCCUAUCCCGCCACUCUCCCUCCCACUAAUGGCACACAGCUGCCCCGGAGACCCCCACCCAUGCAGGGACCUGCUCUACAGAGACCCCAUCUGGCAAACGCAGCUGCAGGGAUCCAUCCUCAGCCUGUGGCGCCACGACAGCGUCCUCCACUGAAGAACCUGCACAGCAACAGUGAGGAGUUCCAGGAUGACUUUGACUGGGACUCUCUCAUCCUUUGAGCCUCGCUUUCUUGUGAUGGAGGAAAAAAAAAAAAAACACCAAAUAUUUCACUUCCUGUUUCCCUGACAGCAAGUCUGGGAUCAGGUUUGUCACUAAUGACUGAAUCUUAAGAGUUUUAUGUUUGUUUUCUUUUAAAUUCAUAGGCUGUAAAAUUCUAUUGUUUAUCUUUUGUGGGUAAGUGGCUUCAUAUGUUAGAUUUUCCCCCUCCCCCCCAAAUACAGAAGUCAUGAAACACA